AUGUCGCACGGUAGGAAUUAUCCGCCGCCGCCGGGCCUAGACCGUCCGAGCGCAUCUUCACGACUGCCGCCGCCUCCUUCACUGCGGUCAGAAUCGUACCGGCCAUCAGGGCCGAGAGUCAGCAACGGAGGGGGUCGUGGACGCGACCGAAAUCGCGGACGCGGCCGUGGCGGUGGUGGUGGUGGCUGGAACAACCGCGACGACGACCGGUCACGCAACGGCCGAUCCGACAACUACCACCCGCUUCCUCCGCGCCCCAGCUCUCCUCAUCGCUUCCGGGGAGGCGACAGCGGGCCAACACCUCCGCAGGGCGAGUUCACGUUCCGGGCGCCGAAACCGUCAGGUGUGUACGAGGCGCAGCAGCGCGGAGAUUCGUACCAGCCGCGCGACCGGGAUCGGGACAGAGAUUGCGACAGAGACCAGCGCUAUGUGCCGUCAGGGCCGCGGUCCUACCAGCAGCAUGGCCGGCCGAGCUACGAACGUCGUGGCGACCGCAGAGAUGGCCGUCGAGCGAGAGGUGGGCGCUUUGGACGGUUUAUCGCGGCCGACCGGCCAAUCUUGCACCAGACGAGCCAACAGGACGGAGACGCAUCGCAGGACUUUGCCAAAGGCGCGGGCGGCAUCACGUACCUCAACUUUGACGAGCUGUCGGACAGCGACGAGGCUGAAAUGGAUAUUUCAGGCGACGAGGGCGGUGUUGUGAGCGGCGACGACGCCGACGGAAAGCCGGCUCGCAAGCGGACGCGUCUCUCCAGGUCGGCUGACGAAGCGGCCAGCGUGCCCAAGUGGUCUAACCCGGAUCCCUACACGGUGCUGCCGCCGACCGAGACGGGACAGAAGAAGAAGGACGUUGUGCAUCUGAUCCGCAAGGCCCGCGUCAGGGCGGAACAGACGUCGUCUACGGCGCCGGCUGACACGGAGGAAUUCAUAUCAUGUGACAUGGACAGCGAAGGCGAGGAGGACGAAGAGGACGAUAUGCUCGUGAUCGAUGAUGUCGACGAACUGGAUAGCAGCAGAAAAGGGAAGGAGCUCCAGGCAACAGGGGAUGACCGCGUCCGCGACAACGGCGGCAGCAACGACCAACAGGCGGUGAGCAGUGGCAGUAAUGGUCGCGACGCGAGAGAAUCGGGAGAAUCGAUAAUAUCAGAUCUCUCUCGAGAUCCCGCCAGAGCGCCAACCUCGCGGGCGGCGGCAAAAGCAACCAAGGCGGCGGCGAAAAAGGCAAAGACGGCAUCGGGCAGCGCACCGCCCCCGGUUGCCGAGCUCAAUCCGUCGCGCAAACGGACACACGACGACCAGUUCAAGCUGCCAGACCAUGCGAAGCUGAAGAGAGCCACCACCAUGCCUGCGGCUGGCUUCAUCGUGCCCAGCUGGCAAGCCAAGGAGAGCGAGGACCGGUGUCCGUGGCUCAAGGACCAUUCCGACACUGCCGUGAUAGCGACUUGGCUUCACAAGGAAAUUGUCGAUUUCUACAACCACGUCAAGCCGCGCGAAUUCGAGCAGCGGCUGCGCCAGGACCUGAUUGACGACCUGGAACGCGCGGUGCGCAAGCGGUUCUCCAACGCGAAGCUCUUCUGCUUCGGCUCCUUCAUGUCGGGUCUGUACCUGCCGACGGGCGACAUGGAUCUGGUGAUGUGCUCGACGCAUUUUCUCAACAACCGGCCGCCUGUGUUUAACAAGAAGGGCGUGCUGUAUAAGUUUGGCAACUUUCUCUGCAUGAAUCAGAUGGCCGACCGCGAGCAUCUCGAGCACAUCACCAAGGCCAAGGUGCCGCUUGUCAAGUACGUCGACGUCAAGACCUGGCUCAAGGUCGACGUGUCGUUUGAGAACAUGACCGGCGUCGCCGCUGUCCGUACCUUCACCAAGUGGCGCGAGCAGUACCCGGCCAUGCCGGUGCUCGUUACCCUGGUCAAGCAGUUCCUGACCAUGCGCGGUCUCAACGAGCCGGUCAAUGGCGGCAUUGGCGGCUUCUCCAUGAUCUGCCUUGUCGUCAGCAUGCUGCAGCUGAUGCCGCCUAUCCAGAGCAAGGACAUGAAAGGCGAGCACCACCUGGGCGACCUGCUGAUGCACUUCUUUGACCUCUACGGCAACAAGUUCAACUACGAGUCCUCGGCCAUUAGUCUCAACCCGCCGGGAUACAUUCCCAAGUCGAGAGUCACUCACUUUGUCUACAAAAACGUCGAUCGGCUCUCCAUCAUCGACCCGAACAACCCGCAGAACGAUAUCGCCGGCGGUUCCAGAAACACGCCCGCCAUCAUGCGAGCCUUUUCCGACGCUCACGAGGUCCUCCGAAAACGCAUGCUAGAGCUGGCUAGCCUGCCAGAGGCUCAGCGCCGCAACGAGAGCCUUCUGAGCGCUGUUCUAGAGGGCGACUACUCGUCGUACCGCGAACAACGAGAGCACCUCCGCUAUCUGUAUCGUGACAUGUACGGCGCCGAGCCGAGCGACUGA